CUCACGGCCCGUACCGGCAACGUUGCUCUCGCGCACCGCUGACGGCAGGCCGCGGUCUCGCGCAGAGCGUGCGACACACUCGUGAGCGGUAAACGCACACCCGAUGUUUGUGUUUUGGAGUUCCUCCUGGUGAUAAAAUAUAUCGAAAUCGCGCGUCGAUUCGCGCGAGUGAGCGCGCGCGCGCGCACGCACAACGACGGCGUCGUCGUGGCAUGUAGUAGCGCCGGUCCACGUCGCCGUUACCGUCGGCCCUCGAGAUGUGGACGACGACGAAGACCACCAAGUACGGCGUCGCUGUGUACAAUUGGCGAGGGGACACGCGCUAUGGAUUACCCCUGGAAAUCGGAGAAACCGUGCAGAUCCUGGAGGAGUGCGCCGGCUGGUACAGAGGCUUCUCGACGAAGAAUCGCGCGGUAAAGGGGAUCUUCCCCAGUUCCUACGUGCACCUGAAGCCCUGCAAGAUCGACAAUGAGGGUCUCUUCGAGUCGGUCAUACCGCUGGAGGACCCGGUGGUUCGGGAAGUCACUCUCGUGCUGCGGGAGUGGGGCAGCAUUUGGAAGAGGCUGUACGUGGAACGCGAGGAAUACAAAUUCAACGCGCUGCGCAAAGUGAUGCGAGAGCUGCUGGAAUGGCGGCGGCUGCUUUUGGCCGGCACCCUCACCACCGAUAAGACACGAGAGCUGAAGCUGCGAGUAAUCAAUAAGGUGGACUGGGGCAACCGAAAGCUCGGCCUGGAUCUGGUGCCACGUCAAGGUGCUCACAUGGUGGACCCGGAUACCAUGUCCGUUGUCGAAUUAUAUCAUGUGCACGUGCAGAGCGCCGAGAACUCGCAGGGCGCGUCCGCCCGUGGCACCCUGCGCCGCAAGGAGCACAAGAAGAUCCUCACCCACCACCUGCACUUCUGCAUGAGGGACUUCGGCCACUCGGUCGGCGAGGACACCGAGAUCUACUUCUCAUUGUUCGACGCUAAACGGCUGCAGUACCUGAGCGAGCGCUUCCUCGUGCGCAUCUCCAAGGAGGGCUUCUCCAACUACGUGGAGAAGAUGCACAACAACUGCACCAUCUUCACGGACCUCGGCAACUCCGAUCUCAGCCGGGACCUCUACAUGAUCGCCCACGUGAUGCGCUGCGGCCGCAUGCUGUAUUCCGACUCCGGCAAGAACAAGACCGGGACCGCGACUUACAGACGGCCCCACGGGGUCGCGGUGCUCUCCCUGGCGAUGCUCUCCUUGACCGAGGCUGCGCAGGAUCACGCGGAGGAGCACGAGGUGACGUUCAAGGUGUACCAGGGCGACGAGAAGGAGUUUCACCAACUGCACGAGCAGAUCAUUCGCAACAACAAGUGCUCCCCGCUGCCCGGACAGCCCAAUUACGGGAUAGUGGUGUCCCUUCGUAUUCUGCAUGGCGAGUUGUCGCAGGUUCGGGAGGAGAAUCCGUUGCUGUUCAAGAAUAUCUGCCUCACGAAGAAGCUCGGCUUCUCCGACGUCAUUAUGCCGGGCGACGUGCGCAACGAUCUCUACCUCAAGUUGGAACGAGGUGAAUUCGAGCGCGGCGGAAAGUCCACCGGCAAGAACAUCGAGGUGACCAUCUUGGUUCUGGACGCGGAUGGUCAACCCUUGGAGGGGUGUUUAUUCGGGGCUGCGGGGAUGGACGGUAAUUCCGAAUAUCAGAGCUUGGUGAUAUAUCAUCACAACAGCCCGUCGUGGGCGGAAACCGUGAGACUGGCGAUACCCAUCGACAAGUUCUACGGGAGCCACGUGCGUUUCGAGUUUCGACACUGCUCGACCCGCGAGAAGAACGACAAGAAACUCUUCUCCUUCGCGUUCGUACGGCUGAUGGAGCCCGGAGGAGCUACCCUCCAGGACGGUCCUCACGAGCUCUACAUUUACAAAUGCGAGGAACGCGCGAAAUUGGACUCGCUGAGUUACCUGUCGUUGCCGAGUGGCGCGAGGGAACCGAGCGCCUCAGGUCCGCCGGCCUUCUCCCGCUCGCCCAAGGAAGCGGUGUUCGUGCACACCUUGCUGUGCAGCACCAAGCUGACGCAGAACGUCGACCUGCUCAGCCUGCUGCAGUGGAAGGCCCACCCGGAACGGAUCUCCGAGGCCCUCAGCCGCGUCCUUCGGCUGGACGGCGAGGAGCUGGUGAAAUUCCUGCAGGACAUCCUCGACGCACUGUUCUCCAUGUUCCACACGGAGGACGGCAAUUCGACGGCGCACUCGGGCCUCGUGUUCCAAGUGCUCGUCUCCAUCUUCAGCCUGCUGGAGGACUCCAAGUUCGAACACUUCAAGCCGGUGAUGGACGCCUACAUCUCCGACCACUUCGCCGCCGCUCUGGUGUACAAGGGCCUGCUCAGCAGCGUGCAGCACUGCGCCGACUGGGUGACCGCCGCGGAGAAACAGGAGCCGAUCAUGAAGUGCUUCCGCUCGCUCGAGUACAUCUUCAAGUUCAUCAUCCAGAGCCGGCUGUUGUUCGCCCGGGCGACCGCCGGCCAGUACGAGGACAGCUUCAAACGCGACCUGUACUGCGUGUUCGCCGCCUUAAACAAGAUGCUCUGCAUCCCGUAUGAGAUGGUGCUGCUGUCGCAGAUCGCCCUGCUGCUGUCGAUCGCAGCGGUGUUCGAGCAGCUGGUGGCGGUGCUGCCGGUCCUCGAGGUCGCCAAGCUCACCUGCACGAUGCUGGACUCGGUGCCGCGGGAGUCGUCGCUCCAGCUCACGCAGGCCAAACUGGUGGCGAUUAAGAACCUCACCUCGUCCAGCCUGUUCCGCGAGGACGACGAGAGCAGGAACCUGCUGCUCGUCACCAUGUGCAAGCACCUGCGGCUGCACCUCGCCCGCCGGGAGGAGCUGCGCUCCUGCACCGACAUCCUGGGCGAGAUACUCAGCUUCCUGCACAAGCGCGGCCGGGACGCGAACAAGGUGAACAACUGCAUCCACCACGACGUCGAGACCCUCUGCCUGUCCGUGCUCGACGUGCUCAUACAGACCAUACAGAUCGUCGUCAAGACCAGCGGCCCGGUCCUCGGUUGCCUGGUGGCUUGCCUGAUCGGGCUGCUCCAGCUGCUCGAUGAGUAUCACUACUCCCGACUCUGGGAGGAGUUGACGCACACCGGCGAGCGGAAGCCCCUCAAGGACUUCCUGCUGAAGGUUUUCGAGGUACUGGGCGAGCUCGUUCGCCAGGAGGUCUUCCCGCCUGAUUGGCUGGUCAUACGGAUGCAGGCCAACAACGUUAUCCUCAGGUCGCUGCAGGAACUCGCGCAGCCGCUCGCCUUCCGCUUCCUCCACGGCAGCUUCGACUCGCAGCUCUGGUCGACGUACUUCAACCUGGCGGUGGCUUACCUCACCCAGCCGUCCCUCCAGCUCGAGCAGUUCUCCGAGGUGAAGAGGGAGAAGAUCGUGGAGAAGUACGGCGACAUGAGGGUCCUGAUGGGCUUCCAGAUAUUGUCCAUGUGGUCGCACUUGGGCGAGCGCAAGUUGGAGUUCAUACCCGGCAUGGUCGGGCCCUUCCUCGAGGUCACCUUGGUGCCCGAGAGCGAGCUCCGCAAGGCGACUCUGCAUAUCUUCUUCGACAUGAUGGAGUGCGAGCAACGGACCCGUGGCAGCUUCAAGCUGGUGGAAUCCGAGUUGAUCGACAAGCUGGACAUUCUUAUCAGCGAGAACAAGGGUGACGACGAGUACAGGCAGCUGUUCAACACUAUGGAACACCUUAGCGCCGUAUUAUUGGACAGGGUGCAGUCCGAGGACCCGGCCUGGAAGGACAGCGGAACCGCCUUCAUAACGUCCAUCACGCGCUUGUUGGAGAGACUCCUCGACUACAGGAGUGUCAUCCAGGGUGACGAGAAUCGCGACAAGCGUAUGUCGUGCACCGUGAAUCUCUUGAACUUCUACAAGAACGAGUUCAACCGGAAGGAGAUGUAUCUGCGCUACAUCUACAAGCUGCACGACCUGCAUCUGGCCGCUGAAAAUUACACGGAGGCCGGUUUCACGAUGAAGCUGUACGCCGAUCAGCUGGACUGGGGCUCCACGAUGCUGCCGCCCGAUCACGCUCAUCCCCAGCAGCCGGAGUGGCAGCGCAAGGAAUUGCUCUAUCACAAGAUCAUACAUUAUCUCGAUCGCGGCAAGUGCUGGGAGAAGGGCAUACCUCUGUGCAAGGAGCUCGCGGAGCUCUACGAGACCAGGCUGUACGAUUACGCCAAGCUCAGCCACGUGUUGAAACUGCAGGCAACGUUUCUCGAUAACAUCCUGACGCAGCUGCGACCCGAGCCGGAGUACUUCCGCGUUGGCUUCUACGGUCUCAGCUUUCCGCUUUUCGUCAGGAACAAAUUAUUCAUCUAUCGUGGUCUGGAGUACGAGCGGAUUGGAGCAUUCACGCAACGGCUGCAGACCGAGUUUCCCUGCGCCCAGAUACUGAUGAAGAACUCCCCGCCGGACGAGAGCAUCCUGACCUCCGAGGGUCAAUACAUUCAAAUCUGCAACGUGAAGCCGAUCCCCGAAGACGGCAGUCUCGCCGGUAGCGCUGCGGAGGUGCCGGAGCGCGUGGUCGCCUUUUAUCUGGUGAACGACGUGCGCAGGUUCACGUUCGACCGACCGCUUCACCGGGGCCCGGUGGACCGCGAGAACGAGUUCAAGUCGCUCUGGAUCGAGAGAACGACGCUGACGACGGAGGCACGGCUGCCGGGCAUUCUGCGCUGGUUCGAGGUGAUCGAGAAACGGUCCGAGUUACUGGCGCCGGUGCAGUACGCCUGUGAAACCAUGCAGAGCGUGGAGAAAGAACUGAGGCGACUGGUCACUCAGUACAGAGCCGAGCCGCACCGGAACAUCAACCCUUUCAGCAUGAGACUGCAGGGUAUCAUCGACGCCAACGUGAUGGGCGGCAUCACCAAGUACCAGGAGGCCUUCCUCACGUCGGAGUUCGCUUGGCAGAAUCCCGAAAUGGUGCCUCACGUGAACCGACUGAAGGGCCUGAUUCUGGAUCAGAUGAACGUCCUCGAGUCCGGCUUGGUGCUGCACGGCCAGAUCGCGCCGGAUGGCGUGCAGCCGCUUCACAAGAGGCUGAUCGAGAGAUUCACGCAGCUCAAGCAAGGUCUCGGACCUCUCGCCAGGCAGAGGACCAUUCAUCAAGAUAGUAUCGUCAACUCGCCACUGCCACCCCUGCCAAUCAACGAGAAGCAGCGUCCAGCCACUCUGGAGACCGUCGGUUCUCGAGCGUCGCAUGCUGACAGUGACGGUCUACCGGAGGACGAAGGCUUCUACACCAGAGUGGACGGCGCACCGCCGCCUAUUCCUCAACGAGAGGUUCGGCCACGUUCCGUCGGUUACGGUUCCACACCACCGAGACCGACGCAUCAGCGAUCCCUGAGCAAACCGCUCAGUCCGAAACUGCCACUGAGGCAUUCUCUGCCAACCCCAACCGACGGCGUAGACCAAAGCGGCCUCAGGAGUUCCUGGAGCGAGCCCGGGCCUGAGCCCGCACCGCCCUUGCCACCCCGAGGCUGCACGCUUCUUGUUUCAGCUCCGGACAAGAGAGACGCGAACACAAACGCGAACACCGGGGUGCCGCCGGCGCCGCCGAAGCGUUUAGCGCACAAACGUAAUACCGAAUGGAGCACAGACGACGACUCCGAGAAUACGCAGAACGAGCCGAACGAUCUGCGCGACAGCGGCAUCUCCACCGCCAGUCUGCUGGACUUUCAGUCGCACUUGACGAACCUGAACAACCUCGGCUACGAGGACUUUGAGCCGCGCUCCAGGUGCAACGAUAUCAUGAACAUCUCCCCGCCCUCUGUGAUAAGCGCGCUAAAUGUCUCCACUGGUAACUUCGUCAGCGGCACAUUCCAGGGCUCGCAUUCUCUUCCGGGCCAAGAGGUGAGCCCUCCACCAAUUCCUCCCAAGGCCCACCAGGACACUCCUUCGGCCCCGUCGACCUUGGAGAGAGUGUCCAACCGGACGCAGAGUCACGGCCACUCGGAGAACUACUCCGUGCCGAAGAUGCAGACGCUCUCCGUGGCGUCCGACACGGAGAGCACCGUGUAGCGACGAUGUAUCCCCCUAGUCCUUAGCGUUUAAUCGUGAUGUCUAUGUGCCAUGGCCGGACGCGAAUCCUGUGUACUCGAUUCGAGUCCAGUAUCGGGCGGACUUUCUUAGACGGUAACUUAACAUAAGCGUAAGAAUGUCGUCAUCAUCAUCGUCGUCGUCGUCGUCGUAUCUAAGGGGAGGAGCGCGGAGACCUGUCGUUUAUAGAAGGACAUCCGCACGUCGCCCCGUACGUAGCUGGUAGCCAUAAGCGAAACAAAUCGAAAGCCGCAGAUCCGACCCGAAAUCGGAUCCUUCCGAGAAUCUAACACGAUAUGGAUUGCACGCGUUGUAUUCCCGGGGAAACAAAAGGUCAUACGUGAAAUUUGCCUAUAUAUAUGGCUGUAUAUAAUCGUCCGUAACGAAAAAAUACUGUUGUUUACAAAUGAUAUGCAGAUACAAUCGAAGUAAAGUUUCCGGCUACUUGCGCUCCUGACAGCACGUGAUAUCGACAUUUAAUUAAAUGGCAUCAAUUAUUUUCCUAUAGACAUAUAUGAUCAUACAUGUAACCACAUAUAUGGGCAAGAUUCAUAUAUGAUUUUAUAUAAUUAUAUAUGAUCAUAUAUAAUCUUUUUUUUCUCGGGAAUUCGUACCAGGGAUAGGCGAUGUUGGGAAAAACGAAUCGACGUCCGGAUCGGAAAAAGAAAUCAAAUUUUGAUAAUCAAUUACAUUCUAAAGGCAUUUUAAAUAUUCAUAUUAAUUUGUAAUCUAUUCGAUAUGUUAAUAAGAGUUAUAUAAAUAAGUUAGUGAAAAAUAAAUAUGCACACUCAGGAACCACACGUUCACUAUCGACGAGUUAAUAGUAAAAACUACCACGACCGGAUAAAUUUGCUGCGUCAGAAAUGGGCCCGUGGAUAAUUUGAGAACGACGACAUCAUCGACUGUCCAUGAUCAUUCGAUAUAAACAUUUCUAUAUUUAGCGUAUAAUUAAUUUUACAAUUUAAAAUUAUUUCUUAAUAUUCUGUAGGCAUAUGUGUACAUAUAUAGCCCUACGAUAUAUAAAAGUAUAUUAUAUAUUCUUUUGUAAAACUGCAUUUGUGUGCGGUUAUCACAUAUGCUAAUUUGACGCGAAAUUCAUCGACAGGGCAGAUUGUUAGGGAAAAAUGAAGGAAUUUCGAAGAAAUUCGCGUUGUCUACAUCAAAUCUCGUGAAAUUGGCGGUCUUUACUAUUACUUCGUACGUUGAGAAUUAUGUAAUCGAUAAUGAGAAGAGCGUGAAGAUAAUCGUUCCUUUAACAGAAGAAGAGAAUCGAACAACGAUUCAUCGGUCAAACAUCGCCCAGCUCUAAGUCGUAUUUUCGUGAAGAAAGAAAUCGAGAGAGAGAGAAAGAGAGAAAGAGAGGGGAGGCGGAGGUAGGGGGUAGAAAUGGACAGUAAUAAUCGCUCUUGAACACCGAGAACGUCCAAUGAGAUCAUUCUCAUCCCCGGGACGAUUGGACACCGGAUGCUUGGACGUGAUCGGCGAUCGAAUCGCGAUGACACAUAUAUAUAUCUCGAUUUUACGUUGGAAACGUCGCUCUUCCGAGCGUAACAAUCUACACACACACACACGCUCAGAUACAUACACACGCGCGCACACACACACACAUACACAUUCUAUAUUUUGUAAUUUAUUUAUAUUUUCGAUGAGAAUAAUAAAGGUAAUUUUUAUCAACAACGACACUGGCUGCAGACUGAUGUGAGUUGAAGUAAUGUUCGCCGUGACUCCCGUCGUCGAGUUGAGCGGUGCGGGGUGUGCAGAAUAAAAGAGGAAAGCAAAAAAGCGAAAGCAAAGGAACGGACUCCGCUCUGAAGGGUAUAUAAAUUAUGUAUUUCAUUCUUUCUUUCGGCAUACGAAUAUAUAUAUAUAUAUAAAUAUAUACAAAAGUAUAUUAAAAAACCGCGCCGCGUAAUUGUACGCUCCGACUUAUACUAUUUCUUCUUCUUCUUCUUCUUCUUCUUCUUAUUCUUCUUCU